AUGGCUUUUAUUCAGACCUUCCUUGCCCAAUUGGCACUUGUUACAUUGGCCAGCGCCCAUGGAGUGAUCCUCAACGCUCAAGGCCUUGACGGUUCCCCUGCCAGUGUUGGAUUCCAAGUUGACCCUGCUAUUGCCCGAAACUGCACAACCAUCAACCCCUGCCAACAAGACGCUACCAUCAUCCGCCAAGCCGAGAUCGACGCCAACGUCGUCAACCAGUGUGGCCGUACUGAGCUGGCUGGAAACAUCGACGUGGGAGAGAAUACCGAGAACGCCCUGGCUGCUGGACAGGUCACACAGGUUGAAGCUGGAAGCGAGAUCACUGUGACGAUCCACCAAGUCAAUGCCGACGGUGCUGGACCCUACGCAUGUGAUCUUGACGAGACCAGCAACACCGGAGUCAUCUCACAGAACCUGACUGUUACAAACAAUGUUCCCGGCACAAACGGAUUUUCACAGGCCAAGACACAAUCAUUCAACAUCACAGUCAAGAUGCCUGACACCUUCACUUGCACUGGAGCAUCAACUGGCAACGUGUGCACCGUUCGCUGCCGCAACAACGCUCUGGCUGGUCCCUUCGGCGGCUGCUUCGCAGUCCAGCAGGCCGACACUGAUGAGAAGACCAAUGAGGCUGCAUCCAUCCGUACCGAACAGUCCCUGAAGGCCGUUCUUGCACAGGUACAAAAGGACCAGGCCGAUUUCGACGUCGCUGUGAAGGCGAACCAGAACGCUGGAUCCGAUGAGGCCGCCCAGAACCUCGCCGCUGUCAACGCGAUUCUCAGCAACUCUAUUGUUUCCAAGGAAUCUCCUCAGGAGACCCCCGAAGUGGUUAAUGGUGGAGGCAACGUUGCCGCCACAACUACAGCUGCUGAUGCCGCUGCCACUUCGGCUGUCGGGAACGGAAACGGAAACGGCAACGGCAAUGGCAACGGCAACGGCAACGGCAACGGUGCCGGCAAUGACAUCGUCACAAGUGCCAUCACCCCCGCGACUCCCGCCGCGACUGACGCUGCCGGAGACGCCACUGGGGAUGAUACUACCGGGAACAACGGAGGAAAUGGAAACAACAACAACGGCAACAACAACGCCAACAACGGUAACAACAACGGCAACAACGCCAACAACGGCGGAAACGGCAGGGGCAAUGGAUUCGGCCGCUUCAGGAACGGAAACGUUGGACGGGCCGCGAGCAGCGGAAUGAGAUGGGCCAAGCGGGUGGUGGCUUUGUGA